AUCAUAAAAUACUAGACGAUGUGGUGCACCAUUUUUUGUCUUGACCGAUUUUCAGGUUUUUUUCUUCGACCGAUUUCUUCGAAAUAAAAAUUAUUAAAAAAAACGAAAAUUGAACGCUGGAGAGCGUUUUUCCAAAUACUUGAAAAAACCAAAUAAUAUAAGAUCGAAAAUCGUUAAAUUUGAAACACCAUCGAACGGAAAAGUUGUGUCAUUUUCGAAUCAAUCUUAACAUUUAUUUUGCUGUUAUUAUUUUCUUCGAUUUUAAGAAGAAGAAUGACGCGUGGUAACCAAAGAGAUUUAGCCCGUGCAAAAGCCCAAAAGAAACAAGCGGACGCAAAAAAGGGAGUUCGUAAUGAUGGUUUGACUGUUGAACAACGUAAACAAAGGGAUGCUGAAAUUCUUCGCGAAAAACAACGAAAAAAAGAGGAAGCAGCAAGCGCUAACAAUGCCGGAAAGUAAUAACAAAUCAAUUCAUACCCAUCGAAUUCAUGUCAAAUCAAAUUGUUAUUUAAAUUUAUCGUAAACAUGCGCAUAAAUAAACGAAUAAAAACAAAAAGCAAUAAA